AUGGUAAAUACAGAAGCCACAGUUACUACAGAACAAAUGGUAACUACACAACCACGCGUAAUUACCGACCCCAAUGUACCUACAGAACCCAAUGUGACUACAGAACCCAUGGUAACUACGGAACCCAAAGUAACUACAAAACCCACAGCAACUACAGAACUCAAUGUUGCUACAGAAUCAACUCUAACCACAGAGCCCUAUAUAACUACAGAAAUAAUGGCAACUACAGAACCCAAUGUAACUACAGAAUCAAUGGUAACCACAGAACCCAUGGCAACUACAGAAUCCAGUGUAACAACAGAACCCAGUGACACCAAUGUAACUACAGAACCCAGUGUAACAACAGAACCCAGUGCAACAACAGAACCCAGUGUAACAACAGAACCCAAUGUAACUACAGAAUCAAUAAUAAGUGCAGAUCCCAGUGUAACUACAAAACCCAAUGUAACUACAGAACCCACUUUAACAACAGAACCCAGUGUAACUACAGAACCCAAUGUAACCACAGAAUCAAUGGUAACCACAGAUCCCAGUGUAACUACAGAAUCCAAUUUAACUACAGGGCCAAGUGUGACUACAGAAUCAAUGGUAAAUACAGAAUCCAGUGUAACUACAGAGUCAAUGGAAACUAAAGAACUCACAGUGUAA